AUGAUUGUGGGAUCGAAUGGGAGUAUCUACGUCGACAGCGCCCACCCGGCGUACCCACACCUGAUGGACUUCCUCACGUCGUGCUGUGAGCCUGUCUGCCGCACUCUGCACAUGAGUGAGUACACCAUCUCCCCCUCGUCACUAUCCGCCGCGAGCGCGGAGGGGACAUACUCGAUGACGAUGAUCCGCAACUUUAUUCGCUACUUCCGCCUCGAUGAGCAGCAGCGACUACCGGUCGACAUUGCUAAGUUUGCGGAGCUGGAGCGGCAGGUACGGGACGGCACGGACCCCGAAGGAGAGGCGGCACAGCAGCAGCAGCCGAAGCAAGAACUGGAGAGCGCUGUGAAGAGGCUGAAAAAGGAGACUGACGAUCCGCAGCCUACUCCAAAGGAGGGAGUGACAGGGGAAGUGGCUGCGCCGCGUCGCCGUUUCUUUUCACUCGUGAGGAGUGCGCCAGCACAACCAGAGCCGUUUGUGUCACGUGCGCUGCUGCAUCCCGAGGCGCUUCUCCCGCUGCCGCCUGAUCUAGAUCAGAUGCUUCUGGAAGAAGAGAAGUCGUCGAGAGUGCGCAUCGUUCUCCAACCGCGUCUGAGGUCCUUCCAACGACAGCAGCCUUUGCAACAACUGCAUCAGCGGCACCAACAACAACAACGGCGACAGGAUGAGGAAGAGAAAUUGGCCUACUUUCUUGUGAGCCAGGACCGCCAGCACAUGGAGUUCCUCGUGAGCCGUCUACAGGAUUACUUGGUCCCCUUCUCGUUGCACGGCGUGAUGCGCUGGGUGCUCUCUGACGUAGACCGUGGUGUAGAGGAGAGGAGUUUGGUGGAGAGCGGUAGGGCAAUGACGCUGCGCAGGCUCUUCGAAGCACCCACAGCAGCGGGUGCUGCAGCGGACCAGGUUGGUGGCACAGGGCGCAAGUACUCCCGCCUGGUUUACAAGAGCCAGGUACAGGAUGGGCGGAUGCGUAAUGUGCGGGAGCGGCUCUUCAAGGAACUUGGCGUACGUGCGGACCUUUUUUACGAUUACACCCAGGAUCCCACGCUCAAUGUGUGCGACCUCACGCUUGCCGAGCAUGUACGCCUGCGACCCUACCAGGUAGCGUCGUUGGAGCGCUUUCGCUGUGGCAAUAAGGCCCACCAAGGGGUGAUUGUACUUCCCUGUGGGGCGGGGAAGACGCUUACUGGGAUUGGUGCAGCAACCACAGUUAAGAAGCGGACCAUCGUUAUGUGCAUCAACGUGAUGUCGGUGCUUCAGUGGCAGCGAGAGUUCCUCCGCUGGACAAACCUCUCAGAGGAGCAGGUGACGGUGUGCAUCUCUGACAAGAAGCAGAUGCCCGGUGAUGUGUUCAUUACUACCUACAGCAUGCUUGUGGCGAAGCGUGCGGUUGUUCCUGACCAGGAACAGAGUGAGGACGCCAGGCUCACCGCACGUAUUCUCGCCAGCAUAGAGGAGCAUCCGUGGGGCCUGCUGCUUCUAGACGAGGUGCACACGGCUCUCGCACACCACUUCCAGGAGGUGCUUAACAGAGUCAAGUACAAGUGUGUCAUUGGCCUGAGCGCAACCCUGCUGCGGGAGGACGACAAAAUUGGCGACCUGCGGCAUCUCGUGGGACCAAAACUGUACGAGGCCAAUUGGCUAGAACUUACGCGUGCUGGGUUUCUCGCUCGUGUGGUAUGUGCCGAGGUGCAGUGCCCACUGCCGCUGCCAUUCUUCGCGGAGUACCUCAACUCCCAGUCACAGGAUGAUCCGUUUGCGCGCCGAGGGGCAUCACCGUUGUCACGUGCGUUGGUGUGCUUUAAUCCAUAUAAGCUGUGGUGUGCUCAGGCCUUACUGGAGUUCCAUCGUAACCGAUCUCCCCCCGAUAAGGUCAUCAUCUUCUGUGAUGAUCUAGAGGGCGUUCACUACUACGCGCGCCACCUCAAUGUUCCGUUAAUGGACGGAAAGACGAGCGAGUCGGAGCGCGCCAAUCUUCUGCAGUACUUCCAGCACUCUAGCGAUAUUAACGCGAUCAUCCUCUCCCGCGUUGGUGAUGUUGCGCUCGAUCUCCCUUGUGCUUCUGUCAUCAUUCAAAUAUCUGGCCUGGGUGCGUCGCGUCGUCAGGAGGCGCAGCGACUUGGUCGCAUCCUGCGUCCUAAGCCACCCUCGCUGGACAACACGUGCUCCUUCUUUUAUACCCUCGUAUCACAGGACACACACGAGGUGCAGCAGAGCUAUGGGCGGCAGAGCUGGCUGCGCGACCAGGGCUUCGCGUACCGUGUGCUGCAGUGCGACACAGUGCUGAAAGAGUUGCGGCGAGCCGGAGGGAACCUCUGCUGCGUGGGCCCACCGCAGUGGUGGUAUGAGUCCACUGACGCUGUAGCCCCCACUGCGGUGGCAGCGAAGGGAAGCUUCUGGAUACCUUUUUCGCGUGAGGCCUCGCGCCGCAUGCACCACCGCUUCGUUAGCGGCAAGGAGGACUGUCAGUUGGACGCCGCUGUGCUGAACAACACGCCGCGGCCGCAGGAGGUUACAGAAAGCACCUCAGAGGAGAAGUGGCUCGUGCGCUUCAGUGCCGCCAACGCCCCCGAGACGUUCGGCACCGUUCAGCUGAUGGAGGACAAUCCCCUUCUAGUGCGCCGCAUCUGCCUAGGCCCACUGGUGGAAGGACAUGAAUGCCUGAAAGGGGAGGAGUGCAUGCAUUACGUUCUGGAACAGAUGAAGUUUAUCAUCGCGAAACGGUCCAAGCAGAACUGA